AUGGUCUACAACUACAUUCACAAUGCCCGUGCCAGCGUCCACCUUGAGCUGAUGGAAUGCCGCCAGGAAGCGAACGACAUCUUCAAGGAUGUCACCGGCCUUCCCGACAUCCCACGUAAUCGAACGGCUCGUCAGGCAGACACUGAAAACUACUGCCAGGGUUGCUGUCUUCCAGGACCACAAGGACCACAAGGGCCACCCGGCAAGCCUGGCCGUCCCGGUAAGGACGGCGCCCCGGGAGCACCAGGAAACCCAGGAAGACCUCCACAGGAACCUUGUGAGCCUAUCACUCCACCUCCUUGUCCUGCUUGUCCGCCGGGUCCGGCCGGAAAACCUGGGCCACAAGGACCGCAGGGCAACCCCGGUUCCCAAGGACCAGUGGGCGAGAAGGGACCCGACGGAUCGAGAGGACCACCUGGAACAAAAGGAAUGCAGGGACCACCUGGACCUCCUGGCAGUCCCGGUCCUAUGGGCGAGCAAGGAGAGGCUGGGAAGAGCGACGAGCCAAAGCCUGGUGCAAACGGCGAACAAGGACCACCUGGUCCACCUGGACCACAGGGAGAAAUGGGUCCACCUGGAAAGGAUGGCGAACCUGGUAUGGACGGCGAGAAAGGAUCGGACGGCAUCCCCGGAAAGCCUGGAAACGACGGAGAAGAUGGACCUCCAGGACCUCCUGGAAUGGAUGGACGACCUGGAGAGCGCGGAAUCUGUCCGAAGUAUUGCGCACUGGACGGUGGUGUCUUCUUCGAGGAUGGAACAAGACGUUAA